UAUCGGUCGAUACUCCGCACACCAGCUUCCGGAUCCCGAUAAACGUCGGACUCUUUCUUGUUGGACACGUGCGACGUGUACGUAAACUGGUUCAGCGCUGAUCAAUUUUUCUCUAUUUCAAAUUGAUCAUCUCGACCGGGAAUCAAACGCAGCAAUGGCAAGUCUUAAGACAGAUAAUCCAGAGAAACCUGGUCAGGAAACUGCACCGAUCCAUCGUAUCCGUAUUACGUUGACCUCGCGCAACGUCCGUUCCCUUGAGAAAGUGUGUACGGAGCUUAUCACUGGAGCUAAGAAACAGAAGCUGAAGGUGAAAGGACCUGUCCGUAUGCCAACUAAGAUUCUUAGAAUUACGACGCGUAAAACACCUUGUGGUGAGGGUUCGAAGACUUGGGAUCGCUUCCAGAUGCGAAUUCAUAAGAGGGUAAUUGACCUUUACUCUCCGUCUGAAAUCGUGAAGCAAAUAACCAGCAUCUCAAUUGAACCUGGUGUAGAAGUUGAGGUUACCAUUGCUGACGAAUAAACUAUUGAAAUAAAAUUUCAAAAAAAUGUUUGAAUAAAAAUGAAAAAAAGAAAA